UCAUUCUUGAGCAGUUAUUUUAAAAUACAAAGAAUAUACUCCAUUCAAUACUCUCAUACACAACCAUACAAAGACAUCCUCUUUUUCAAUCCCCACACUUUUUUUUUUAAAAAUAAAUUCCUAACCUCUAUAUAAACAACCGCCUGUCUUCUCCUUCCAUUGUAACAAUUCGAGAAUAAUUAACCACAAAACCUUAGCUUCUUUCCAUUUCAAUGGCAGAACCUCAAACACAACCCACCCAUGUAGCUGUUUUACCCAGUCCCGGGAUGGGUCACCUCAUCCCGCUUGUUGAAUUAGCUAAGCGAAUCGUUUCUCAACAUAAUGAUCUCUUCAUCACCUUCAUUGUACCAACCGAUGGUUCUCCCUCUAAGGCCCAAAAAUCGGUUCUUGAAUCGCUUCCUACCACAAUAAGCUCCACAUUUCUCCCUCCGGUUGACUUGAGUGAUCUCCCUGAAGAUACUAAGAUAGAAACGGUAAUUUCCAUCACGGUGGCACGCUCGCUCCCAUCUGUUAGAGAUGUGUUAAAGUCUCUUGUUGAAAGCACUCGACUGGUUGCCCUGGUCGUUGAUCUCUUUGGCACGGAUGCAUUCGAUGUUGCUCAAGAAUUCAGCAUCUCUCCCUACAUUUUCUUCCCUUCUACAGCUAUGACUUUGUCUCUGUUCUUUAGGUUGCCAAAGCUGGAUGAGACGGUUUCUUGCGAGUAUAGUGAGCUAGAAGAACCAGUGGAAAUACCCGGCUGUAUACCGGUAAAUGGGAAGGAAUUGCUCGACCCGGUUCAAGAUCGGAAGAAUGAUGCUUACAAGUGGCUUCUUCACCAUACAAAGAGGUAUAGACUAGCUGACGGUAUUAUGGUGAAUAGCUUCGUAGACAUGGAAGGAGGAGCCUCAAAGGCUUUACAAGAGGAAGAACCCGGUAAGCCACCCGUUUACCCGGUUGGUCCGCUUGUGAACAUGGGUUCAAGUAGCAAGGCAGAGGAAGCAGAAUGUUUGAGGUGGCUAGGCGAGCAGCCGCAUGGAUCUGUUCUGUACGUGUCAUUUGGAAGCGGUGGGACCCUCUCUUACGAUCAGAUAAAUGAAUUGGCUUUGGGUUUAGAAAUGAGCCAGCAAAGAUUUUUGUGGGUUGUGAGGAGCCCAAAUGACAGCGUCGCCAAUGCCACAUUUUUUAGUGUGCAAAGCGAAAAAGACCCUCGUGAUUUCCUACCAAAAGGGUUCUUGGAUAGGACGAAAGGGCGGGGUCUAGUGGUGCCAUCAUGGGCACCACAGGCACAAGUGUUGAGUCACGGGUCUACAGGAGGGUUCUUAACCCAUUGUGGAUGGAAUUCCACCCUUGAAAGUGUGGUGAAUGGCGUGCCACUAAUCUCCUGGCCACUCUAUGCUGAGCAGAAAAUGAACGCUGUGAUGUUAACUGAGGAUAUUAAGGUUGCCCUGAGGCCAAGAAUUAAUGAUCAAAAUGGCCUAAUCGAAAGCAAAGAAAUUGAAAGAGUAGUGAGAGGCCUAAUGGAAGGCGAAGAAGGGAAGAAAGUCCGCCACAGAAUGAAGGACCUAAAAGACGCAGCUGCCAGGGUUCUGAGGGAGGAAGGGUCAUCUGCAAAGGCACUCUCCGGGUUGGUUCUCAAGUGGAAGAACCAGAAGUGCAAGUAGAAAAUUAUUACUAUAUAUUAUAGUUUUUAGUAUUCUUAUAACAACAGGUGACUGUAAUUUCCAGCUUCUACUCCUCGUCAUGCAUCUAGAUAAAUUAAAAUUGCCUUUUGUAUUUAAUUACUUGAAGGUUUUCCAUUUUUCUGGUUACAUAAAGUCCAGUCCAAAUAGCUUGAAUACAUAUUGGACAUGAUUUAUUGAACAA